AGGAGAGAAAAUCAAGGAGAGUUUCUUAAGAGUUAGUCAGUCUCCUACAUCUCAUUCUCACUCUCUCUCUAUCUCUUUAUCCAUUUUCUCUCUGUUUCUAUAGAGAGAGAAGCAGAAGCGAAAGACUAUCUUUUACCUAUCAGUCAUCAUGAUGUCGCUCAACAGAAGCUGCUUCCUGGGGAACCCUGACAUUUGUGGGAAUGGUGGGCCGUUCUCUCAGGGGCAGAUGAGGCGGGCGCCGCCGCUGAGAGUGGUGGCGGUGGGGACGAACGCCGCCAGGAAAGGUGAAAGAAAUGGGAGCGUAGUGAUGGAGAACACAGCGAAAGAAGCAGUUGAGCUGAAAUCUACCGUUCAUGGUGGUGACAGAGACGUGUACGGUGAGGAUACUGCCAGCGAGGACCAACCUGUCACGCCCUGGUGUGUGUCUGUUGCAAGUGGCUAUAAUUUGAUACGAGAUCCACACCACAACAAAGGUCUUGCCUUUUCUGAAAAGGAGAGAGAUGCCCACUACUUGCGUGGUCUUCUCCCACCAGUUGUCAUUUCUCAAGAACUUCAGGUGAAGAAAAUGAUAAACGCCAUUCGCCAGUAUCAAGUUCCCCUGCAGAAGUAUAUAGCCAUGAUGGAUCUUCAGGAAAGAAACCAGAAGCUAUUCUACAAGCUUCUUAUUGAGCAUGUUGAGGAAUUACUCCCAGUUGUUUAUACUCCAACAGUCGGUGAAGCUUGCCAAAAAUAUGGAAGCAUAUUUCAGCGUCCCCAGGGUCUAUUCAUAAGUUUGAAAGAAAAGGGAAAGAUUCUUGAAGUGUUGCGGAACUGGCCAGAGAAGAAUAUUCAAGUCAUUGUUGUUACUGACGGAGAGCGUAUCUUAGGGCUGGGGGAUCUUGGCUGUCAUGGGAUGGGUAUACCUGUUGGCAAACUUUCUCUGUACACGGCACUUGGAGGUGUUCGUCCAUCUGCUUGCUUGCCUGUAACCAUUGAUGUGGGUACAAACAAUGAGAAGCUGUUGGAUGAUGAGUUCUACAUAGGGCUCAGGCAAAAGAGGGCAACUGGGCAGGAAUAUGCAGAACUCCUUCAAGAAUUCAUGACUGCUGUCAAACAGAAUUAUGGAGAGAAAGUUCUUGUUCAGUUUGAGGACUUUGCAAACCACAAUGCUUUUGAUCUUCUAUCGAAGUACGGUGCAACUCAUCUUGUUUUUAAUGAUGACAUUCAAGGGACAGCAUCUGUGGUCCUUGCAGGACUUAUUUCAUCUUUGAAGUUAGUAGGGGGAUCCUUAGCUGAUCACACAUUUUUAUUCCUUGGUGCUGGAGAGGCCGGCACUGGCAUAGCGGAGCUUAUAGCCCUUGAAAUCUCUAAGCAGACAAAUGCUCCUGUGGAAGAGACCCGCAAGAAGGUUUGGCUUGUCGACUCAAAGGGAUUGAUUGUUAAUUCCCGGUUGGAAUCACUCCAACAUUUUAAAAAGCCUUGGGCUCACGAACAUGAACCUGUAACGACUCUGGUAGAUGCUGUUAAUGCAAUUAAGCCAACAGUGUUGAUUGGAACGUCAGGAGUAGGAAGAACAUUUACUAAAGAAGUGGUUGAGGCUAUGGCCACCAACAAUGAGAGACCCAUUAUUCUUGCCCUCUCCAACCCAACAUCACAAUCUGAGUGUACUGCAGAAGAAGCAUAUACAUGGACACAGGGUCGUGCCAUUUACUGCAGUGGAAGCCCAUUCCCACCAGUUGAAUACGGGGGAAAGGUUUACACUCCGGGCCAGUCUAAUAAUGCCUACAUCUUCCCUGGAUUUGGUCUGGGCCUAUUAAUGUCUGGUACCAUUCGUGUUCAUGAUGACAUGCUUCUGGCAGCCUCUGAAGCCUUGGCUUCACAGGUAUCCCAGGAAGACUUUGACAAGGGACUUAUAUACCCUCCAUUUACUAACAUCAGAGAGAUUUCAGCACAUAUUGCUGCCAAAGUAGCUGCUAAAUCAUAUGAACUCGGUUUGGCUACGCGCCUCCCCCAGCCAAAGGAUCUGUUCCAGUAUGCUGAAAGCUGUAUGUACAGCCCCAACUACCGAAGUUUCCGGUGAAAUCUCUGAAGCUCCUUCCCAGGAGCUAGGAAGAUAUUUGAAGUUUCUUCCGUUGUGGUGGUUGUACCGUGGUUCACUACAGUCAAAAAUGAAUUAGUCAUUAUAUCUUUUAUAUUUUGUUAAUUUCCUUCCAUUAUUUUGGUUUUAUCCCUUCCCACUUCUGUAAUGUAGCUCAUAUGGUAGAUGAAAAGUAGGACGAGUGCAGGUAGUUGUUGGUCAGGAGUUAAAAUAUAAUUUGGAAAUGUUAUGAACUCUAAAAUUUUACAUGAAAUAAACCUCAAGUUACCUUUCUUACACCA